CGCGGUGCCCGAUGCCCGGUGCCGGCUGAUGGAUCGCCCUGGCGCGGCGCAGCAGCGGCCCCGGUGGAGCAGGACCGGGUGCCCCGGGGGGCUGGGUGUCACCUCCCUCCCCCGCUGAGCUCCAGAGCCGGUGGGAGCAGCGAGCAGGGACGAGGACAUCUCAUCCCCUGCCACCAAGACACGCGUCCCUGUGCGGAGCAUGGCGCGCUGCUGAGCUGCCGGCCCCGGCCAUGGCGCGGCAGGGAGCGGGGGCCCUGCUGGCCUCCGGCACUUUGGGGUUCCCCCCCCAAAACCUGGCCCGCGUGGUGGUCUGGGAGUGGCUGAACGAGCACGGGCGCUGGCGGCCCUACUCGGCCGCCGUCUGCCACCACAUCGAGAACGUGCUGAAGGAGGACGCCCGCGGCAGCGUGGUGCUGGGCCAGGUCGACGUCCAGCUGGCGCCCUACGUCAUCGACCUGCAGUCCAUGCACCAGUUCCGGCAGGACACGGGCACCAUGCGCCCCGUGCGCAGGAACUUCUACGACCCGUCCUCGGCGCCGGGGAAGGGCAUCGUGUGGGAGUGGGAGAACGACAACAGCUCGUGGACGCCCUACGACAUGGACAUCUGCAUCACCAUCCAGAACGCCUACGAGAAGCAGCACCCGUGGCUGGACCUCUCCUCCCUGGGCUUCUGCUACCUCAUCUACUUCAGCAGCAUGUCGCAGAUGAACCGGCAGACGCAGCGCAAGCGCCGCCUGCGGCGCCGCAUGGACCUGGCCUACCCGCUCACCAUGGGCUCCAUCCCCAAAUCCCAGUCGUGGCCGGUGGGCGCCAGCACGGGGCAGCCCUGCUCGUGCCAGCAGUGCCUGCUGGUCAACAGCACCCGCGCCGCCUCCAACGCCAUCCUGGCCUCGCAGCGCCGCAAGCUCUACCCCGGCGGCGCGGGGACGUUGCCCGUGCGGCAGAGCAGCACCUUUGCCGGUGGCACGCUGUGGCCGGCGGGGACGGGGACAGCGGCGGGCGGCGUGGCCAAGGGGGAGACGCCGAGGGCGCCCGUCGGGGCUUUUGGGCGCAGCCAGAGUGCGCCCAGCGGUGCGCAGCUGCCCGGCCUCAAUAAUCUCAACCGGCCUGGCACGCAGCGGGGGGCCGGCGUCAGCGCCCGCGCCGCGGUGCCCCCGGGGGUGCCAGCACUCCCCGUCAAGAACCUGAACGGCACCGGCCCCGUCCAUCCCGCCCUGGCAGGGAUGACGGGCAUCCUGAUGUGUGCCGCCGGGCUGCCCGUCUGCCUGACCCGUGCGCCCAAACCCAUCCUGCACCCGCCGCCCGUCAGCAAGAGCGACAUCAAGCCCGUGCCCGGGGUCAGCGGCAUCUGCAGGAAAACCAAGAAGAAGCACCUCAAAAAGAGCAAGAACCCGGAGGAUGUGGUGCGGCGCUACAUCCAGAAGGUGAAGACCCCCCCGGAUGAGGACUGCACCAUCUGCAUGGAGCGUCUCGUCACCUCCUCGGGCUACGAGGGCGUCCUGAGCCACCGCGGCAUCAAGCCGGAGCUGGUGGGCAAGCUGGGCAAGUGCGGGCACAUGUACCACCUGCUGUGCCUCGUGGCCAUGUACAACAACGGCAACAAGGACGGCAGCUUGCAGUGCCCCACCUGCAAGGCCAUCUACGGGGAGAAGACGGGCACGCAGCCCCCCGGGAAGAUGGAGUUUCACCUCAUCCCCCAUUCCCUCCCGGGUUACACCGACUCCAAAACCAUCCGGAUCGUCUACGACAUCCCCACCGGCAUCCAGGGUCCGGAGCACCCCAACCCUGGCAAGAAGUUCACGGCACGCGGCUUCCCGCGGCACUGCUACCUGCCCGACAACGAGAAGGGCAGGAAGGUGCUGAAGCUGCUGAUCGUGGCCUGGGACCGGCGGCUCAUCUUCACCAUCGGCACCUCCAACACCACGGGCGAGUCGGACACGGUGGUGUGGAACGAGAUCCACCACAAGACCGAGUUCGGCUCCAACCUGACGGGUCACGGCUACCCCGACCCCAACUACCUGGACAACGUCCUGGCCGAGCUGCUGGCCCAGGGCGUCUCCGAGGCCACCCUGAAGGACUGAGGCCGGGGCGAGGGGCUCCCCGCCACCCCCAUCGGCCCCACGCCGCCAGUCCCCACCGCCCGCGCCGCUUCGCCGCCGACGCCGCAGCCCUGCCGGGUGGGCUCACCCCCCUCCGGUGCCACCCGCCGCGCGUCCCCGUCCCCAUCCCGGCUGGCCACCAGCGCGGCGGGCUGGUGCUUUGCGCCGCUGUCCACCCGUGGCCCCUUCGCGCGUGAGCCGCCGCGUGCCGCCUGUGCCACCCGCCGCCGCCCCACGGAGCCGCGUCCAAGCCGGUGCCAUGUGUACGUCUCGGUGUUACUCAAUACACGCCACGCCGUGUCC